UCAAAAAAAACUAGGUUGGAUGUAAUGAUAUUCAUAAUAUAACGAAUAUCAUCAUUUCAAUUAUGUUAAUCAUAACACACCUAUUAUUAAUAUCUAAACACUGUAUUUAAUACAAUAUCAAAAAUAUUCAUAAUAUCAAAAUAUGUAACUAACCACAACACAUCUUUGUACCCCAUUAUAAUAAUCAAAAUUAUACUUAUUAAUAGUAGUAAUAUUUAUACUUACUUUUAAUCAAAUGUCAUUACUAUAUCUAAUACACUAAUAUUACGACUUUUAUAACAACAUAUCUGUACCCAUGAACUUCAAUAUUAUAUAAAAUUACUAUUAAAUCUAUUUAUUCCUAUACAUAUAUAUACCAUAAGCCAUAUAAAAAAAUAUGCGUUAAUAAAAACACGCACCUUUUACCUAUGUACCUUGAUAAUAAACGACAAUAACAUAACAAAUCUGUCAACAAGUACCAAGGGUCAAUACUAUAAGUAGAGCCCUCUUUACAUGAUACACCCAGUCUGCUAACAUCAUUCUAGCCUGUCAUAUACCUUUUACACCGACUUAUUGAGUUGAUCGCUAUAUCCUCCAUUCACGGAUCAUUGCUGCUUGGUUGACGGAAAUUGUUACUGUUAUAAUUUCUUACAAAUUAAAAACAUUAAGUGUUAUAAAUUAAUUUUAUUCAAUACCUUUUGAUUUCAAAAGAUCUUUGUAACCUACCAUCAAUCAACCAACUUCGACACAGUUAAGGAGUCGUACUUUAUAAGACUACAACAAUUAAACAAAUAAAGAAAAAACAUGGCUUUUAUUUCGUCAUUUAACAAUAUAGCAAAAUAUUUCCAUGUACGUAAUGAUAAACCAGUGAUUGACGAUUAUAUAUUUCAAUUUCACUACAAACUAACCACUAACAUUUUAUUAAUGUUUUGUGUGUUAUUAACAUCGAUAAAUUUAAUAGGUAAUCCAAUACAAUGCAUGACGAAUUUAUCGAAAAAAGAUGACGUGCGAAAGGUUAUAAACACUUAUUGUUGGAUAUCCAGUACAUUCACUUAUAACAACAAUCCAGACUUUCAUCAAUCCUCUAAUAUAAAUGAAGAUAAAAUAAAAAUUAGAUACCAUUCGUACUACCAAUGGGUACCAUUUAUGCUAUUUUUUCAAGCCAUUACUUUUUAUGUGCCACAUUGGAUAUGGAAAAUGUGGGAAGGAGGAAAAAUACGUAUAAUAACGAAUGAUUUGAGAGGACUUAGUAUGGAUUCUGUUCAGGAGAGGCUAGCAAAACAAAAUAAAUUGGUACAAUAUUUUAUCGAGAGUUUCCACAUGCACAGCACUUAUGCGCUCGGCUAUAUUUUCUGUGAAAUAAUAAACGUGAUCAAUAUAUGUGCCAACAUUUAUGUUACCAAUAAGUUUAUUGGUGAAUAUUUUUUGACAUAUGGAUUUGAAGUUUUCAAAUAUAAUGAAAACGAUCAAAAUCAUACUGACCCGAUGGAAGAAAUUUUUCCUCGACUUACAAAAUGUAAUUUUUACAAGUAUGGAUCAUCGGGCACCAUUCAGAAAAUGGAUGCUUUGUGCAUACUCGCUCAAAAUGUUUUAAAUGAAAAAAUAUAUCUGUUCUUGUGGAUUUGGUUUUUUAUGCUAGCUAUUAUGUCCAUAUUAGCACUGCUAUACAGAAUCGCUAUUAUAACGCAAAUUAUUAAGAAGACCUCUUCAUUCAAUAACAUAUUCAAGUUAACAAAUAAUACAUUAAUGAUGUCCAGCCUUUUCCGGAAGUGUCAAUUACUACCACUACAAUUAUUUACUCCAGAUAUGUGGAUACUCCAGAUACUCUACUGUUACGCGGUUACUACUCUAUUUAAUGAUGUGAACAUAAUAUUUGUUUUUGAAUAUAUAAAUCUAUUUCAAGUUGCACUUGUUAAAAAUACUAUUACUUUUGUCUUUUUGCACACGGACCCAUAAAAUGAAAUGAAUGUUAAUUCUUGUUUCUUUGGUUUCUCAUUUAUCCAAUCCACCCGGAUUAAAAAAAAAAAAUGUAUUUGGAUAAUUAUUAAAAUUUAACAAACUAGUUUAAUAAGUUUUUAAAAUUGUUUAAACAUGCGAAAAAUGAUGAAGAAGCUUCAAGUUCUAGGUAAGUUAUAAUCUAUAUUUUAUAGUAUUACACAUAUGACAGAUAUGUAAUGAUGUGCAUUAUUCGACUGUAUAAUAAUUCACAAAUAAAUUUUAAUGAUGUGCACUAUUCGAUUUUAUACGAUUUUAAAAACUAAUAAAUAACAAUUCUUUCGAUACACGCACAGACAACACAAAUCAAAUAAUAAAGUCCUAACCCAACAAUACACCAUUGAUACCAUAAAUAGGUCAAAUCUUUAAAGGACCGGUCCAAGGUCCAUCCCUAAAAAACUGGGACACACAACUCUCUCCCGGUACUCUUGCCCAUAGGUCUC